AUGCCGUCGCGUCUACUACCGCUACACCUGGGUCUACUGCUGCCUACAAUUGUGUCCAUCUCACUGUCUCCGUGUGUUGCCAUGUAUCCUUGUAACUGCAUGUCACUGCGGUCAUGUGUCACAAAAUCUGACUAUGAUGUGGUUUCUCUUGGAAUGUCGCUUUUUUACUUCUUAUUGGAUCUAUUGGUGGCGGUGUUCUCAACGGACGUGCGGGACUUCGAGGCAGUGAAGCGCGCGGUGGACGAGGCCGGGCCAAUCGACGUGCUACUGCUGAACCACGGCGUGUUCGUGGGGCUGGAGCUGGAGAAGAUGGAAUUGAGUGAGGUGAAGUUCACCCUGGACGUCAAUCUCAUGGGAACGUUGAACUUCAUCAAGGCUGCGCUGCCCGCUAUGAAGAACCGUAAGGAUCCGCUGCCUGCUUCCAUUGCCCUUGUUUCCUCACAGGCCGGUCAGAAAGCUUUCGAUGGCAUAAAAUGUGGCAGCUUUAUUGUGUCUUGCAAUUUGGAAGGAAUUGCACUAUCCAUAGCAACUGCAGGUUUAUCCCCUCAGAGAUCUUUCUUAAUGGCCUUUGUUGAGGUAAUUGCUGCUGGAAUCCUACGGAUUGUUGCAUUAGGUAUGCAUUGGAGUUGGUAUGGAAGUAUAGAGAAAUAUCACAGCCAAAGGGAAGGGUUCAUCCCGAAGUAG